AUGAUGGUCUUCCAUGGAAGCGAGCUCAACUCGCCAAGCCCGCCAGCACAAGUGCCCACUGUGGACGAACCCGAGGAAGAACCAAAGAAAUCUCUUCAACAUGUCAAGCGCCCCAUGAACGCGUUUAUGGUUUGGAGCCAGAUCGAGCGUAGAAAAAUGGCCGAAGAGCACCCUGACAUGCAUAACGCCGAGAUCAGCAAACGUCUGGGAAAACGCUGGAAGCUGCUCUCGGAGGGUGAAAAGAGACCGUUUGUAGAGGAAUCGGAGCGUCUUCGCAUAAGACACAUGCAAGCUUAUCCCGAUUACAAAUACCGUCCGCGUAAGAAAAAGCAACCCAGUAAGAAGAAUAGCAACGGUGCACCAGAUAGUAAAAACUCGAAUUCCGCGGAAGGGCACUCAAGGAAGAACGUCGCAGAAGCGGCGGGCACCAAGCGCGAAGCCCUUCCCGGCGCGCACGGAUUUCCUGGCUUGAGUUCCUCCAAGAAACACGGCAGUUCCCUCGGCGAGCCUCCGUUCAAGAAGCAACGACGCGAUUUCGUUUCGCCGAUCACCCCACCACCGAAUGUUCCCGAUGCGAUCGGCACCACACCAGAGGACCCUAUUGAUCAGCUUUCGUUGUAUGACGACUUCGAGCAAGCGUUCAAACAAGAUCAGCAAGUGCCUACGAGUGUAAAUCACAACCAACAGAUUCCCAACUCGUGGCCAAGCUUAGAAUUUGGUAAUGUGAACUUCAAUGGCUUGCCUGUUUCCCCUUUGCUUGAUCUGAACGGGGCAAAUGGUGGCCAAUUUGAUUUUCCCGAUCUUUAUACCCCACCUGAGGUUUCUGAGCUUAUUCAAGGUCAGUGGCUAGAGAACUCUCUCGGACAUUUGUAGCUGAUUGUAGUUUUCGCCGUGAAAUGUUGUGCUGGUGGAAGGACACUACUUUUGACUUGUGGAAUUUCCCCUUCUAGAGAUUUUUAUAAGCUUAAAAACAUUCGCGGGGUUGUUGUUUGAACCCUUCGUUUUUUCUAACCGCUAUGGACACGUUAUCUGUGUAUAGUUUUUUUUUCGACCGAAGAUUUAUUUCGUUCAUUUUGUAUUGACUGGUGUAUUCUCGUUUUAGAGAGCUUUUAUUAAGAUAAUUGUACAAAAAAGGAUCCUAAAUAAUUUAAAAGUUCUCCGAAGUGCUGUAUUUUUACGAAUUUCUCUUUUCCCUCGCCAUGAAGCGUGUUUAAAAGUGAAUCAAAAUUGAAGAGGAGAAAAUUAUAAUACUAUUAUUAUGAAAAUUUAAACUGUGUGUGUUUAUUCUUCCAAAGCGCGCACGAGCCAUGCACGGUGCAAAUCAGAGACAGCCGUUUCAAAAAGGGAUCGCCAAAGCCAAAUAACUGUAAUCGUUACUAAGACGUGAGCAUUUCACUUUUACUUCACCUACAUUAGAAAUUCAUGAUUCCCGCAAAAGUUGCAACACCGUGUUUAUAUAGCUGCGCUGAACGCAUCACUGCGCAAACUGAAUUUUUUAUAAUCUUACUGCGGGUGAUAGCUUCGGCGACUUGUAUUGGAAGACAGGGCGUAAAGAAAAACAACACAUCAGUAUUGCAAUAAGCUAACGCAGCCGUUGGCUUAGAAAGAAUUCGGCGACUGUUGUUCGAAUUUAACCCGAGCGCGUCAGUUGUCAUUUUGGGCGGGGUAUGACGCCUGCAUCUGUUUUCGCACCGCAUAUUUUAAACUAAGCUUUUCCUGUGUAUUAAAAUUAGAAUAGUACACGAUUAGCUGUUGAAAAUCAUCCGCCUUAAGGGAGACCACAGGGUAGGACCAACUGCGAAAGUUGCGCGCGCUUGAUGUUCAUUACAGAUAUUUGAUCGCCUGAAGCAAAAGUCUGGUUUUUCCCUGCUGAAACGUGUCCACUUAACUGUGUUAUAAAUACUUUAUGUGAUCGCAGUGGAGCGUGGAAUCUGGAAAAAAGAUGGCAAAUUUGACUUGAGAGAUCCGCUAAAAUUAACAGCUUGCUAAAAUAAGGCACGAUCGAAGUCAGUAUUAAAGCGUCAUACGCAAAAGUAUUUAGAUACAGCCGCCCACAGAAAAAUAAAUCAAUGCCAACACGAGGUUCUGUUUACCUAUUUUCAAAGCGUAAAAAAUUAUUCCUCGUGCGUAUUUCCUCUGUCGGAUAUUAACGUAUUGAACUGCUAAUUUGUAGUCAUUUACAGCAAAGAAAAAAAGAUCUCGUGGGGCCGAAAUUAGCGUGUGUUUACUGUGGACGCGAUAUUCCGCUUUUCAAAUGUUGGCUUUCGUAAGAGCGUUCAUACAGCAAGGCACGCGUCAGAUAGUGCCUCUUUGUUCUUCGACCAAUCAGAGGCGUGUUUCGACACAAUCGUCAACCAUACAAAACAAUAGCUGGCGCGUGCGGUCAAAAUUCCACCCGUCGAUUGGCUGAUCUUCGCUGAUCGCACAUGCCGAUUGUAAAUUGCAAUGUCGCGGGGUUUUCCUGUUUACAAAUGGGCCACUUUGUACGCUAUCUGAAGUGAGCCUUCUAUUAUGAGCUCCGAUUCGAACAAUUUAGUUUUAAAACGCAUUGGGACCUAUGAUCUAACCGGAAACCGGCUUGGCAAGGGAAACUUUGCCUACGUAGAGUUAGCAACGAACCGCAUCACUAAAAGUAAGGUCUGUUAUCCAACGGUUUGCCUUUUCAAUUUCAAAGCCCUUUACAAGUGAUUGUUCGGUGGCUUAAUUACAGUUAUUGUCAAGCACUAUGGGUGUGGAGAUGGGAUAUUAUUCAAAAGAUAAAUUACUAAACGUGCGUUGUGUUAUCAUUCAGUAUUAUGUUGUUUUUUUCCCCACUAGUUACCCAGCUUGUAAUAAAUCUAAUCUCCUAGGUUGCCAUGAAAGUCAUAGAUACACGGAAAAUCAAAGACGAUUACGUUAAGAGAAACAUCCUCCGAGAAGCCCUACUCCUGAAGAAAGUCAACCAUCCGAACAUAGUUCGAUUGUACGAGACUCUCAAACAGCACUCGAUUUACUGCAUCGUGACUGAGUAUGUUUCCGGCGGCGAGUUGUUGACUUACUUACGAAGUCAGCCCGAGUCGAAAUUGAGCGAAUCACAAGCCAGACCGAUUAUGAGACAACUAAUUUCGGCGCUGUAUCACAUGCACGAAAAUGGAAUCGUCCAUCGGUAAGAUGGGUAACCGAACUAGUACCAACUGAACAUCAAUUUUGAAAACAACACAUGAGUAAUAAUGCUUUUAUCAUAAUAAGCACGAUCAACGUUGCUAGGAUAUUAAAAAACUAACGAAGAACGAUUGAACAGUUCUUCAGCGGGGAAAAAAGAAACACUUAAGGGAGUUAAAAAAAAAGGUGUCGCUUUGGGCCCACAGCACGUUUUUUCAUUAUCACUAUCGUUAUUAAAAUUUUUCCAUUUUUAUUUUAAUGAUAAUUUGUAGUCGAAGUCGCUUGGAGAUCAAGGACAAGCGAGAAAUAUGUGUCUGUAAAAGAGUGUGAGAAGAAAUCUCUUGUCCAUCUGCUACGUACAUUUCAAUUUGGAUUUAAAAUUCGAAAAAUAUAUUAAUUUAGCGGUCCUAAAACUUAUAACCCGCUUUUUAGCGCGCGACGAUUUUACUCGAAUUUAAAAUCAAUCGCAUAAAUACUUUUUCAAAAACGGACAGUUUGAGGUAAAAACUAAAUUUUCCUAAACGACGCGAUUUCAAUGGUUUCCUUUGCUAUUAACACUAGGAAAGAGCGCGGAAUGGCUACAUUUGUUCUGUGUCAUGUCGCACUUCACGCUUUUGUUGUGUUAUUUACUUCUGUCUGAAAACAGUGCGGUAAUUAAUCACAUAGUUCAUGGCUGUUUCCGAGCGACUGAAUAAAUUAGCGUCUCUAGGAUGUUUCGGUGGCGAUAAAUGUCGAAGGAAGCUUAGCUCUUCUGUCUUUUAGAGGCAAUAUCUGACUGAUUCCAAUCUUAAUCCCUUCCUUUUUGGACAAAACAUUUAACGAUCGAAGCACCGGAAAUUUCCCCAUUUAACAUUUGCAGGGACAACAAACGAUUUGUGCGUUAAGUAAAACAAUAACACUAAGAAGGCUUUUUCCUCUCCUGUUUUAAUGAAAAUAAAAAAACAUUGGGGAGUUUCUACAAAACACAAUAAGCGACGUGUUCAAAACAGAAGAUUACGACUUCCGUAGAUUCUAGACGAAAGCUUUUAAACCUUCCAGUUAGUUUUGAACAUUAUUUAGCCAGCUGCAAGCUGGGUUUAUAUGCUAAUGAUUGCAGAAUACAUUCAACUUUUAGAAACUUACAAUUCCCUACUUCGUGUUAUUUUGUAUGAAGAUGAAUCAUGAAACUAAAGAGUCUGUUAAUUUCUAGAUUGAAGAGACCAUCUGCCUGUUCACCUCCAGCCGAGUCAUAAAUUAUUGACGGCAUAUUUUCCAAGUGAAAAAAAAAAACACUUAAUUUCCGUGCGCAACAAGUGUCUGGAGACAUUGAGUUUCUUUAAAAGCAAUAUCCGCGAUUCAUUCGGUCUAAAACACCACAUCUGAAUAAACACUGUCAUGAAGAAAAUAAAGAAGGACCAAUCUAAGUCGAUCAACAUAUUCAAAUGAGUAAAAAUAAUGGAAUAUCGUCUGAGAUAAAUUGUCACCCGAGACUAAAGAAGAAAUGAAUUUAUUCAUGUAAUUAAUUUUACCGCAAACAGCUUAAGUUUUUCAAUGUUAUCGACGAGAAAAAUGCGCUAAAGAGCGACACUAGCAAGGAAAACUCUUCGCUAGGCCAAUAAAAAGAAGUACCGUAUUCACUGAGUGAUGGUGAAAGAAAAAAAACCUAAAGUUUCAAAAAUAACCUGUGUUUUGUACCAACAUAUUUUCAAUAAUUUACACGCAAACCGUGGUUUUAUCAUCAGUUGGUUUUUUAGGGACCACAUCUGUCAAUCAUUUUCAAUAUCUCAUUCAUAGAGGAGACUCCUAGGUGUGUCAUAUCCAAUACAUCUGCCGUAUCCUCCACCCUAAAACAAAUAGACAAAAAUUUUACAGCUUUACCUCACUCCAACUGAGGAAGGUAACAUUGAAAAAAAUUUAAUAAUAACUUGUAAACAGAUUCAACACGUUCAGGGGCAUUUUUCUAAAGUACAAAAGCCAUACACAAUUGAAAUCCAGUGAGAAUUUGAAAUUGUAGAGAAUGGCAAAAAGGUUUAAAGAUAAUCACACAGCGAAUUAAGAAUACAGUUGACGAUACUAGGACAAAUUUACCUUUCUCGAUUGAAUCGAAAAUCUGUUCUAUGUAGGUGAAUGCUUUGCCUUUUCUUCUUUCUUUUUUUGACUUACUUCUUCUCUAGCAAAUCUUCAGAAAUAAAUGAAAACAAAGUCAACAUUACCAUAUGAAAAACCGUUUACACUAAAUUUAAUUUGGGACCUCCAAGAUCAGAAAGUGUGGAUAUGAAAUUAAUGACAAGACAGACAAAAGUGACAGUAAAGUAAUAACAUCUACAGAAAUCCAUUAAUCAAUUUUGUGAGGAAAAGAUGGAGAAUGCCUUUUAUGAAAUAUUUAUAUGUCUAAUGAUGAUAUCAAGCAUUGAAAUAAAUUUUCAUUGAUGUCUGGAAGCUUGACUGCAUAAUAUAUUUUAUUUCAUGAUGAUAUCAUGAUAACUACCCUUUCUGAAUAUUAUCUUAUUUUCUCGCCACUAAAAAUUCCCAUAACCUUUAGGUUAAUCAUAGCACUGGAAACUGAUAGUAUUAUUAGCCUAUGUUUUAAGAAUUCAGGGUGAAGGCGAAAAAAGUAGACACACAAGAGAAUAAAAACAUAUGCUUUCCUCAUGCCUCUGUUAGUUCAUGCUGUCAAGGUUUUGAUCAAAAACACCCUCACCCAAUUAAACCAAAUGCCUGUUACCCAACCAGAGCAUCAUUUACAAUAACUGACUGUACAUACAGUCUAAGACAAUGCCCACAAAACUACUAAAAAAGUUUCUUUUCUUGCAUUUGUUUUUUCCUAGGGACCUUAAAAUGGAAAAUAUCCUUCUGGAUGAAAGUAAAAAGAACAUCAAGAUAGUUGGUAUGAAGAUGAAAUGCUUUCUUUAACCAUUCACAUCCUAACAUCAGUAGGCAUAUUCUCCAUACUAUUCUCUAAAGUUUCCUGAGGUACUGAUAGGGAGAAUUUGUUCAACAAUCAAAAGCUUCUUUCGUUGGUGAUCAUUUCCUUUAUUGUAACCUUAACCCUUUAACCCCAAAGAGUGACUAGCAUCUAAUUUCUCCUUACAAUAUCACCCCUGAAUCACUCAUUGAUGUUAUGAGAAAAAAGGAACUGAUCACCAGCUAAAGAGACUCUUGAUUGUUAGACAAAUUCUCCUUGUCAGCACCUUAGUGAAUGUACAGAGAACAGUUUGGAGAAUAUGAAUACUGAUGUUAUGGUGUAAAAGGGUUAAUGCGUGAUUCUGGGGUGAUAUUGUAGACUGAAGAAGUUAGGUGGAGUAAAAGUUAAACCUAUUUUAGGAGGCACAAUAUUAAGUAGUCACCCUGUAAUAAGCAGUCGGUUAGCAAAAGUCCCAAUGUUUUUUUUCACCCUUAAAAAUGAUUAAUUUUGCAUCCUUUGCCCAGCAAGCAAUUUUCACCUCUAUUAAGUGGUUGAGUCACCUUUGAGUGAGUCCCGAUGACCUGUUUGUUUUCUUCUCCACCUAAUCAACCCUUUAACUCCCAAGAUCUGAUUGUUAAUUCUCCCCUCUACCUACUACAUAUUUCCUUGUAAGUAAGCUACAAGAAUUUGAUGUUAGAUCAUGGUAACAACUUCAACUUGAUAAGUUUAAGUAUUCUCAUUAACUGUCCAUCAGAUAAUGUAUGGAUAUUUUAGGGAGAAAUAAGUUAUAAAUCACUCCUGUGAGUUUAAGGGUUAAACAGCUACUUAAAGUAGAACCACUUAAAUAAAGCAGAACCACUUAAAUAAAGCUGAGAACAAUAUUGAAAGUAAAUUUAAUCCAUGCUUCCCUCCCCAAAAUGUUAGUGCUAUUCUUGAGUGAGUUUUAGUACAAUUAGUGGUCAAUAACCACAUAAAAUAAUAGUUUUUUUUAAAAUUGGUUUUUUAUAUUACCCCUAUUUUUUGGAACCUGCACUGUAUCUAGUGGUCAUUCCACCAUUCCCUGUAAAUGACCACUUAAUAAAGGUUUGAUUGUAGAUGGUAGUCACUCAUGAAGAGACCAAGGGUUAAACAACUCCUCCUGAUAUUUAUCACAAACAGCUUGAUUAGAAACUUGGUCUUUUCAUUGUCAAUAGUUGCAUGUAUUAGGAAUGGAUUGUUGUAUACAUUCAGUACCCAUUUAAGAUUUAUAUGUUUGACUGAAAAAAAGGGAAAACCCUCUUGGUGCUAAGUUACUGCUAUUGAUGAUGUUAAGAGACAUAAAUAGUUCCAAUCUCCCGCACAUUGUAAACCACUAUUAAAAUCUCAGCAUUUACAAUGGAAUAAAUUCAAAAACUAUGAAAAAGUCAUUUUUCCCCUCUCUACAUUUCCUGCUGACAAAAAUAUACAUUUUUAAAAGGGUUAAAUUAUGCAAAAAUUUGAUAACCAUCCAAAGUAAUUUUUCACACUUUUUGGGACAUCUUGCCAAGAGUUUCCUACAAAGCAGGACACUAUGCCUCAAAACUCUUGGCUUUGUGCUGAAUUGGAUGAGCGAGACCAACACAAAUAUGGAUCAGACAACAAAUACUGAUGAUGUGUUUGAUUUUAACAAAAUUAAAAUUAAGCUAAAGAGAUAAACCCUUUUCUAUGACCUUUACUAUUUCUGUCUGUAAAUGUGCUUUUGUUUUCCUUGCAGACUUUGGCCUCAGUAACAUCUGUGAAGGUGACAAACUCCUCAAAACACAAUGUGGCUCCCCUGAGUAUGCUGCACCAGAAUUGUUCAGACGUGGCUGUCAAUAUGGGACAGAGGUUGAUUUAUGGAGUCUGUGAGUACAAAAAUUUAUAAGAGUAAUUAUUUUUAAGUAUGAAAAAAGCUCCGUAUUCAAGAAGAAGGGCAUGGGGAAAGAAAAGAAAUUAAAUCACCACCACAGCACAAGGAGAUACCAGAAAGAGUACUUGUCCUCAAUUAAAUUGGGAAAAAAUAAUUUAUCUCAAAGUGAUAUUUCCCCUCACCUUUAAUUCAACAAGACCCUUAAUCAAGGGAAAGGGUCAUAUCAUUUCUACACUGCACCCCCUCUCCAUAAAAUAAAAAAAAUCAUGAAUAUUGCAAAUUGUGCAUGAUGGUGAGGUGCUCUAAAGGGUGAUUCUAUAUUGCUGUGAUAUUUGCCGUGAAUUUGACCUUGAUUAAAACAAGUUUGGUCCUGAUCCUCUGAGUACGUUACAUUCCUUAAAGGUCACCUAAAUGAUUUCCUAUCUGAAAGGUUAUCAUUUCUCUGUUGCUCCCAUUUCUUUUUUUUUCACAUCUAAAAGUAAUUUGAAAACCAAAAUAAUAGAAUGUUUGUGUGGUAGACCAUAACUUAUUAGAUAUCACUCUAAGUGAGACACAGUUAUCCUCCUCUGAAACUGAAUUGUCAUGAUCAUAUUUGAGAGACAGUUUUUAAAUUUAAUUUGCGAUUGGAAUUUUUUUUGCAAGAAGAUGUACAAGAAAAUUGACAACAGGAAUUGUAGAUUAAUGAUGACUUGAGCUAGUCCUCAGGGAAGGGGAAAGUCAUCAUUGUAAAGGUUUGAGUUUCAUAGUGGGAUGGAAGAAAGGAUUUAUCUUUACACCUCCGUUAUUAGAGCUUCAAUACGUUAUACAUAUGAAUGCUUUCAGAGGUGUAAAUUCAUGACACCAUCAAAAUAUUUAAACAAAAAUGGAAACUGGGAUCAAGCAGAGCCAUUUUGACACCACUUGUACAUCAUUUCCAAUCUUUGAACACCACCAGAGCUUCUGACUUUUUGUGACAAAUGAUGUCCCAUUUGGUCUGUUAUCAUUUAUCUAAAAUUAUCUAAAUUUUUCCAGAGGCGUUGUUAUGUAUGGCAUCAUCGUUGGAAGGCUGCCAUUCAGGUAAAAAUGAAUUUACCUCUUCUAAGAUUCGUGAGUUUGUGACUUGUGUGUUCAUUAAGUAAACACUUGAGGUCAAAGUUAACAUAACCCAGAGCUGGAAAUAACAGCCGGUCAUCUGACAUUGUCCAACCAAAUUUUGAAUAUGUCCAGCCAAUUUCACAUUAUGAUCAGACAUGAUAUCUGAACAUUUCAUCAACACAAUUUGCCUUCCCCAAAAGGUAUUAUCUAUCCAUGAAAGUUGCUUAGAGGAAUUGUUUGAGCUAUAUUGAAAAGGUAACCUAUAAAGCAGAGGUAUUCCAAAUAUAUCACCCUGUAAUGCACUGUGUGCAUCAAGAUAUGCUGUUAGCAUUUUAUACAUGUACCCUCAAGUCCCGCAAAGUAAUGCCCUGUACAAUGGCAAAGGCUGGUCAAAAAAUGACAUUUAAGUUUAAUGUUAACUAGUGGCCUGUUCAAAUCAUUUAUGAAAGAAGAUUUCUAUUGAAAUUAUAACUACAUAAUAAUUUCAAUAGUAUUAAUUGCCAUUAAUCAGAUGCAAGAUGAAUGCGUAAGAAAAACAAAACAAAUGCUUUUUUUUGAUCAGUCACGUUGCAAAUAUUGGCAGCCACUUUGUAUUCUUUCAAGAUUACAGAUCUUUUUUCAUUUGUGAAGGUGAAGAAAAACCCAAUGGAUUUUAUUAAGUUUUUGCAUGUUCGGUCAACUCUAAAGACGUUUGAUGUAAAGCAAGGGUUGCCUGAGUAACAGAUGACCAGCGAGGAAUAAAUUAUAGUCUGCGGUAGCAACUCAUAAAAGUGUUUUUAAUAAAGCAUAAACUUGUGCUGGACAAAAUAUUUUCAGGGAAAGGGUUUUUUAAAAUUAUUUACGAAAUUAAAAAUUGAAUGUCAGAUCGCCAACACUUGUAAUGAAUAUUUUGUGAGGAAAUAAAGUUUUGACCGGCCAGACAGCACGUCGCUAAGUGUUUAUUUAUUAUCAUUUAAAUUGCUCGAAUUUACGUCUUGUUUUUGCAAGUGAAAAAGGUCAAAAUGAAAAUAAAUAAACCAUUUAGACCACAAAUUACGGCCUUUUGGCAGGUUGCACAAAACUACCACACAACUCCUUUUUUCAUUUAGGAGAAUUUGUACUUUAUCAAAAUCCUAGGGACUGAUUAGAUCGCCUGCAAGACAACCAGGUGAUAUGCCACGAUUAAGGGUGCAUUCUUUGGGGAGAAUCCAGAUCAGGAUUUCUGAUCUGUGGCGUUACUUUCAAGCAAAUCCAUUUUCAGAUCAGUGAUCUAUCAAAUCCACUCUAGACAAGGAUUCAUCAAAUCACUGAUCUGUGUGAUCUAAAGACGGAUCAUUGGAUCAAUGAUCCAAUGCGUUCCUUUGGGCAAAGGAUACGAAAUUAAUCAUUUUGCCCAGCGGGGCUCAAUUUCAGACAAGUAGGUACUUCAUAUAUUGACCGGAAAGAUUGUUGUUAAUCGCUUCACAAAUUCUGCGAUAAACACGAAAUAAAAUAGAUUUUGUAAUGUUAAAUCGAUCGGCCACUGAUCACAGGAAUUCAGGGUUCCCAAGUUUCCAUAUCGUAAUCAAUACUUGCUUCUGUUUUAAAUCCAUCUUUUGAGUUUACCAUGAAAAAGUGUGCUUCUAAUGAAUAGUGCUAAUUAGAAAAAUUUUGCGCGCUAAAAGCCCGUGCAGUUAGACGAGCCAUUCAGGGAAGAGCUCAAUAACCCACGUGCAUACACAAGUCUUAAAAUAGCGUACUUUUUGGAAUUCUCUGAGAGCUCGUCUUAAACUCCGUUCCUUUCAUGCACCGUGAUCUGUGUGAUCUUCGAUCACAAAUCCUAAUCCGGAUCUUCUCAAAGGAACGCAUCCUAAGCCUCAUUUUGAUGUGAACCAAGGAAAAAAAAGAGGUGUCGCCGUCAUUUCUUGAUUGGUGAAAGGCAAAAUACAAGAAAGCUCUACCCUGCCGACUGUUUAUUCAAAGCAGCCUCACACUGGUUUCAUAAUGCACUUAUCAGCUGCCAUCCCGGGGGUUGACCCCGGGGAACCCCGGGGCAUUUGCACCAAGACAUUUGCAAAUUCCACCUACCCAGGGCCAAUAUUAUUCCACAAAAAGCUACCACUGUCCCUCCCUCGGGGAGCAUAAUUUGAAAGGACUCCCACAUUGUAACGUAAUUUCCUUCAAAAUUGUUAAUAAAAGUUUAACAAUAAUAUAUACAGUAAGCAAAAAUAGCUAGUCCAUCUGUUUUCUGCUCACAGCGAGGUUCAGCUUUAUACCUUGUAAGUCAUAGAAGGACAAUUUUAACGAUUUCUUGCGAAAAAUAUUUUCGCUAUGUUAGGAUGACCAACAAAAGGGGACAGAUACGAGAGAAACGUAGGACACGCUUACCUUUUUCUCCGCUGCCAUUUUGGAAGCCGUUCAACGGUAAUACCCAGUCCCCGCAGUCCGGAUCUUUCAUUUUCAAGAUGGCGGCGAUGUUACAAAUCCAGCGGGUUUUUCCCCGUGUCUUGCCUCGGAAGUGCAAAAGCGGUCCAAUGCCCCCGUCCUGGGCCAGAAAUGGGCGCCAAAAGUUAGCAAAUCCCGCGCUAUUCCCCCGUAUGUCCCCGGGGUCAACCCCCCGGGAUGGCCGCCGAUAAGUGUAUAAAAAUGUAGUCAGGUUUAUAACAAAUAAAUCUACAUACCACAAAAUUUUUCCUCUAAAUGUUUGUGCCUUAUAUAGCGUAGGAACAGAAAUCGCUGAUUGGCAUCCACUGGACAACUAUCACCGUGAAUAAAAGAAGGUUUAGCACUGGUAUUUUCGAAUUUCAUGCGGCUAUUUCUUAAGUUAACAUGGAUGUUCCACAAGAUGUUGACGUAUAUAUUACCGUUUGUACCCUUCUCAACCAGUACAUCACAAAGAGGAACAUCCCCUGUGUCCUUGGAGGAUUGGAAACAAUGUCAUGACGUCGCAAGGCCCAUCCCGCCUGCCGAAAUUCGCGCGUUCUAGCCCCUUUUGUUAUUCAAUGCAUAUUUUUUAAAUUUUAUUUUUUAUUUUCAUCUCGAUUUUAAGCUGUUUUGUUUUUCUUUUUACUGUUUUUCUACUCUUAUUGUACCGCAUGUUUCCCUCCACCUGUAACACAGAGUUUUGGACGACUCAUUUGUUGUAGUAACACUUUACCGGCACCGACGAGGAAACCUGGAAUUCAGGGGUCUCAUUAAUUAGCGGAGUGGGAAAAAUUGUCUCAGAAAAUUCUGUUUUCCUCUUAAUCACGGAUAGGGUUAGUCCAUCGCAACUCGCUUCGCUCGAAACCAACUAGGUACUACCCUAGAGCCGGAAGAGUAUAACUAAUCUUGGAUUACAUAGAAUAGUAUUGUUUAAGUCACUUCUUGCUUGAUUUUUAAGCUUCGUAGCAUUUACGUUCAUGCUACUUGUUUUCAUGUGACAGAAGUCCCCACUUUGGCAGCAGAGGCCGAAGUGAGCUACUGGAUCAAACGUCUCGCGGGCUCAGCUGCACGCACAACAAAUAUCUAGUGCCUCUAACACCACGUAAGUAUGAACAAAAACGUUCUAUAAUUGAUAUAAAGCUGUCAAUCAAAUUUUUGUGAAAGCUAAUCGCAUUUUGUCUUCCCUAAUAAUAGAUUGCCGUGAUCUGCUGAGAAAACUUUUAGAGCCCAAUCCGCAGAUGCGUGCGCCCCUUCUGGACGUUAUGGAACACCCCUGGAUAACUGCUCAUGGGACUGUGCCAUUGGCGCCAAACACUGAGCAACUUAUGGACGAGCAACUGCGAGAUAAGGUGCCGAAUGAAUUUAACAUUUUAAAUUGAGUCAAUUGCACUGUGGAGUUCAGAGUUAGAGUAAAUAAAAAAUGGCACACCCGCUAAAGCUGGUCACUGCCCGCGAAAAAUUAAUGGCCUUUAUCAGAGAAAUAUCGUAAUGAAAGCAUGUCUCACGCAAGAAACUUUGGAACCCUUUGUAAUAAUCAAAAUAACAGCCUAACGAUGCUUUCAGAUCUUAAGAUGAGCGGGUGUAGGAACAUCUAACACACCCCUCCCACUUUGUAAACAUGUGGCCGAAGUCCACUUUGUUGUAACUUUGGGCAAGACCCUACUCCCACAGUGUCUCUUUCAAGGACUGACGGAGGAUGGAGGGGAGGAGGGGAGGAGGGGGUGUGGGGGGUCCAAAUUUGAGUCAGAAAACACAGAAAGUUUAUUUGCAAUAGAUCAGAAAUAUUUUAGUUCAAGUAACUUUUAAAUUCUUCAUAUUGAGUAAUAGCAUGCGGUUCUUGCAUGAAUUUUGGAGUCAGUCAAGAGGUAAAAGAAAACCACACGUCUUAUGGUCGGGUUCGUAUCCCGUGGACCUUCCCACUGGACCUGCCAUUGGGACUGGCUGGCGAACUGUCAGAAAAACCUGGCGAAAUAUUGGAAAGUACCUGCGAUAGACUGGUACUGCAUCCACGAAGAUUGGCAAUGCUCUUAUCCGCUUCACACCAUGGUAACGGGGAUCCGCCACAGCAAUUCUGUAAGGGCAGAUAUUGCCAAUGCGCUUAUGUAAAGAAAAGACAGAACAGAUUAAAGUAUCUCUAACUUCUGUCUUUAUCAAUUUGUUUUCGUUAGGCCUUGAGUAGGGCUUCACAACUCAUCAACAUUGAUAAACCUAAGAUUGCCCGACACGUUCGUCAGAAGAGAUAUGACGCUGUGUCAGGCGUCUACAAUCUUCUUUUGGAUGAAGAGAGGAAAAAAGUACUUUCGUCAAACAACUGCGCUGGAGGUGUUAUGAGAACGAGUGAUCAAGGGAAUUCGGUCAUACGGGUACUCAUCAAUUCUACCACGUGUGAUGGCAAGGAGGAUGGUUCCCAGUGUAAUGAAAGUAAAAGCUCGACCGGUUCUGACAGUGAGAAUUCACAAACCGAGCCCGACUGGGACCAAGCGCGAACACAAAAGCAUGUAGUCCACAAACCUGAGUAAGUUUAAACUUAAUUGAGUUACAAAGCCACAGUUUUCCUGUUAAGAGAUUAUAUGAUUUCAAGUGCUUAAAAUAAGAGGUAAAGGUGUGGUUUGGUCAUCUCGUAUUGUCCCCCAGAUGUGCAUACGAUUCCUAAAGCACAGAAGGAGUAAUCGGUUCUUCUGGUCUUAAUAAAUCAUUAGAUCGAAAUUUCCAUUGCUUUAACAUAUGUCUGCUAGCCUAGCAAAACUUACCAAAAAGACAGGCUCAUGUUAUCGAAUAAUUAACAAUGGCUAUUUACCAUCUCGCAUCCAACACGCGCUCGUGGAAUGAACGUUAAAUUUAGGUCACGCCAUAUGCGACUCACUUAGCUCCCUGUCUAUUAUGGCAAAGACAGCGGGCAGUAAGGCUGAUCAAUAUUGAAGUUUUUUCAGUACAACGCUUCGCUUCUUUGCUAGGGUUAGCUGUCUCACGAGUCAAUAGAAUUUGAUUAAUUGAACGUGCGCGUCUCGCUUCUCAUAUUGUAGUGCUAGUUCACAUGCACUAAGGUAAUAAUUUUAUGUUCUGUUUCUGUUUUAGAGAAAACAAGUCUGUCGAAGAACAUUUCGAGGUAAUAACUGGACGUUUCAGAAAUUUAAGUUAACUAACCAUCCUAUCGCUUAUUAGAGAAAGAGAAGUAUUGGAAACACUGACUUGACAUUAAUUUUGUUAUUUUACUAGGACCUCUGGAUCAGGGGGCAUAAAGUUCGCUGCACUCAGUCGACGCUAACCAGAAGACAGUCCCACAAGAAAACACGACCCAACACAGCCCUCGAAGGGCAACAUGCACCGAGAGAGACACCGUCUUUCUGUAAGCAAAGAAAUAAGAGUACACGUGCUUUGCAAAGAACCCGCAAAACGAGAUGUAAAUCAUGUGUUCCGCGGAUUACAAUUGACAGUGAGGUGAAAGGAACACAGAUGGUUGUGUCCCCCCGGAUAAAACUGGAGACCAAGCUAUUGGUUCCCCAAUCCCCGCAACAAGAAACAAACAUUCAAAUUCCGACUUCGGAAAAGUUUGCAAAUAGUGGAAGUCUUUCGGAAGAGAGAGUAAAACCUAGUGUAAGUACCUCAGAGAGAAACUGCGUACAAUCAAAGAUGGAUGCCGGAGACAUUCAAAACGAAAAUGCCGACGUGAAUCUCGAGCACAAAGCUGACAUGAAAACGACAAUACGAUCGGAAUACGGUCUCAAGGUUACCUUUGGAAAUACACAGACCACAAAGUCGACUGCAGCCAAGGGUGAAAACGCUUCGCAAAUGCUGCAAUUGAACCAAAAGUUUUCAUCCGCAAGGAAUUCAAUCCGGUCCCCAAAAAGUGGGAGUAAGAUUUCCCCUUCAUCACUAGCACAAUGUUCUAACAGAACAGUGUCAUCUCUAAGAACAAGUCAGUUUGUAGAUAUUGCUGAUUAUUACAAGCACGUUCCUCAGCCUCCAAAAUCACGUGGUGCUCCACAACAAGGCGCAUCGCGGAUUCCACCCAAAGAAGAAGAAAGGGAAGGAAGAUGUGACAGGUAAACGCUUUCAAAACUGGACCAAUAAUUUGCGCAAAAGAAAACAAGCUUCUGCUUUAGGUACCACAGCGUAUCAGAUAAUAUAAUCUUGCACACACUGUUUAGCACGACAAGCUAAAAGAAAUUUUAGACUGAUUUGCGACGACUUUUUAAGAUUUUAAGAUUUGCAGCGAUUUCUAAUCAUAACCUUUUUUUGAAAACAACUAUAGACACCCCCCUUUAAUUCCCGGAUCAAAUUUGUAAUUCUCCUUACCGCCAACCGUACAAUUCUUAUGUUAGUUCAGAGAAUUUAGUGUUGCAUCAACUAAUUAUUCCCAAAUUGAUAUUUUUCUUUACUAUCAUCACUUAUCUGGUUGAUAUUGUAUUGACAUUGUAAGGAGAAAUUCUGUCUUGGUCACUCAUGGGAUUUAAAGGGUUAAGUUAAAACUGAUUUUUUUUAGAGCAUUACCGAGCCAGAUUAGAAAAUGACAGGUAUUGCUUCGAUGGAUAAAUUUCCUUCACAGGUUUUCUUGUAGUAUGUUCAUAAGCGUUGCCAUGAUUUAAGCCUUUACACCCUAGCAUCAGUAUGUAUAUUCUCGAUAUUGUUUUCUGCACCCGUCUUGAGGUGCUAACAAGGAGAAUUUAUUUAACAAUCAAGAGUUUCUUUAGUUGGUGAUCACUUCAUUUCACUUCAGUUAUUUUAUUCUGACCUUUGACGUUAGAUUCAGGGGUGAUAUUGUGAGGAAAAAUUUGCUAGUCACACCUAAAGGUUAAACGGUUUAAACACCGUUCUUUCUAUUCAUUUCCAGUAUUUCUGCUUUGUGCCAGUCCUACAUGAAGAACAAGAAAACACCGCAACAUCCCCGCCUGUCCAUAAUGCAGGCGCGGGAAAUUCUUCAACUUGAGUCCAAGUUUCACACCAAAUAUGGCAGGAGACUUGGCACAGAGGACAGCAAUAGCAACCCAGACUCAAGUAAACAGCCUGAGAAUCAAGUGCCACACCACAGAGAUGAAAGCAUCGUUACUCAUGACCAAAAAAACGAGACUCAAACGAAAACGUACUUCCAGCUCGGCAUGCGAAACUACUUCAAAGAAAUUCCCUCACUCCGGGAACAAAGGGAAAUAACUGCAUGCGUUAUUAAUCGUGAGGAAAAUCUUCGUGAAAAGAAAAAUGUGUCGAGCUACGAACGGCAAGCUGGACCAGACCUCUCAAGGGAACCAUAUUUUCAUGACAACAGACCUGACAACAUCAAUAUGGAUGAGGUGAGAGUCGGUACAGAUGACCACAGUGCUACCAAUCAGGACAGUCGAGAAGUAGAGAGUAAAUUACGACCGCAACAAGAGGAAUCCAUUAAAAGACAAAAAGAGAAGGAACUGCUCGAAUACCAGGAGAGAGAGCGAAACAGGUUUCUGCAAGAAAUCAAGGAUCAAGAACGGAGACAGAUUAUAACGGAAUAUUUACAAAACGUUUACACGCGCAGUACUGCGCAACCUCACAGUGUUAGAGGUCAGUCUGGUACUCGAACUAACAACGUAACCAGGCAAGGCCGCGCCCAUUCUGUGCUCACUCGAUCAUCAGACCGACAAAGCUCCGACGUACCCCAGGUGAUCACAAAACCAGUUCCUAUCUUACAGCAGGCAACCAGGGAUUCUCAAGCAGACAAGAGAACUGUCAGUUUUAGAGGUCCAAAUGAGUCUAAAGCAACCAACGCUGUGAGGUUCUUUAACGAGUGGAGCAACAGUGUGUUUACAGAGUAUAUCAACAGCUCUGACAGUAGUGCCGAUAAGGGGACAGAACAACACAAAUUUAAGGUAAGUGGUAGAACCAAUGUACAACCAAGGACUUUGCUGGGGGGCCAGUCAUUUAUCUCCUGAGUUGGGGAAGGGGGGGUUAGGAGGAUUUGGGGAUCACAUGGUUUUCAGGGGGAACCGAGGGAGGAUCAAUCGCCGCUAACAGAAUAUAAAGGGGGACUGUAGAAAAUUAACUGCCAAUGAAGGGGAUUUUUAGAGUAUUACAGAGCCGGGGGGGUUUAGGAGGAUUUGGGGGAUCAUAUGAUUUUCAGGGGGAACCGAGGGAGGAUCAGUCGCCGCUAACAGAAUAUAAAUGGGGGACUGUAGAAGAUUGACUGCCAAUGAAGGGGAUUAUUAGAAUAUUACAGAGCCUACGGGGGGGGGGAAUCAGGUACGUGUUAUUUUGGCACAACCUAUUUUUUCCGUCUCCCCAGGCGAUAACGACUUAUCCCUAUGCUGGAAAAAAAAUCCAUUGGUUAAUUCAUAACCAGUUUUCGGUUCAUAGUUAAUUAAACCAAUAAUAAGAGGAAGUAAAUGCAAUCCCAGAUUGCUAAUAAUAAUCUUUGAAAGACGUUACAAAGCCGUUCUUUGUGCAUUUUUGUUCCCCUGUGGCAGAUGAACGACCCCAGUUAUUGGAUAGAACAGCAUCUAAACGGGGUACUCGACGAAGCAACUUUAAGAAGAGAAUACCGCCAUUAUCAACAAUCCAUCUUCAGAGAAACUUGA